AUGUCCCUCCUCAGUUCACACCACCGGAGGGCGUCUCAGUCCAGCACAUCUCUGGAUAAAGAUACUGCUCCAUGUAAGGGAAAUAAUGAUGAGCCGUGUAUGAGUCCUAAAGGUCGCAAAAUCAUUAAUAAUCAGGCUGUGAAUACAGACUAUUAUAAGUCUGGCUAUGACAAAGGUCACCUCUACCCGGUGCAGCACACAGACAAUCAUCUCUCCAUGCUGGCCACCUCCACCCUGACCAACGCCGCUCCACAGAACUCAACGUUCAAUCGGGGUGCAUGGAAUACACAUGAGGGGAAGGUUAUUGAGGAUCUGAAAGACUGUGACAAGUCUUAUAAGGCUUAUGUAGUGACUGGUGUAGUUCCUGAAAUCAACAUAAAAAUUCCAACAAAUAGCCCUAAAGUUACUGUCUCAAAGUAUUACUGGAGAGCCACCUGCUGUGUAAAGAACGGUGAGUUCAUAGGGCAGGGUUACUAUGGACCUGAUAACAAUGACAAAGUGCAGAAUUUAACAAUUACAGACCUACAGAAAAAGCUAGCCACAGAUUACAAAGUGAAGAAUAUUAUAAUUUUCCCAAGAAUAAAUAAAAGACCCCGACAAGAGUAGAUUAGCCUUUAGUCUAUGAGCUAAAAAUGGAUCAGUUGACAUAUGGGCCAUUCUACAGAAUUGGUGUGAACUGCUGUCUCACAACCAAAACAACAACAACAACAACAAAAAAAAAAAACACAUUUAAAAAGCAUUUAAGUAUUCAAAUUUUAGAUGUUUACUAAGAUCCUUCUAUUAUCUACUGAAUCCCACAAUAAUAUUUAAAACAUUAGUAAACUUAAUAUAUAUAAAAUCAUCAUUUAUCGGGUACUUUCAAUUGGGAGGUGGAUGUCCCGAACACUAACCCCUAAAUUUCAAUUAGAUAAAAAAAAAAAAAAAAAAAAAAAAAAAAAAAAAUUAUAUUUUAUGUUUAAAUCAUGAAACUUUAUCUAAAAAAAAAAAAACUACUGUUUCAGUAGUUUUCAUGUCACUACUGAAACAGUGUAUGUUUUAGUCCAUUGUCUGAGACUGAUUUUAACACAUUUUUGAUCAGGCAAUAUUCCUGUGUCCCUCCCUCUCAUAGCCUCUCUUUCAUAGUAGAUAGAUCCAUCAUUUUGAGUUAAUUGUGUUCAAAAGUCUGAAAAUCUGUGUGUAACUUUAAGGAACGUCACUACCAAACACCUUUUUUCUGCAAUUAAACAAACUUUUUUGGGUGUUUUUCCAUAAAAUGUAGUUUUUAUGUGUGUACUGUUCAGUAGCGAACCAUGUGAUGAUUAUCAUCUUUGAGCGGCUCAAAAGAAUCUAAAAUUGUCACUACCGAAACAGUCACCAGACAUGUGAUGAAGUUUUGGUUGUGACAUCAUUGUUUUUUUUGAGUGUUAUGUGAUAAAAUUGAUCAACUGUUCAGAACUGUGCUAGCUAACCAUGUGCUGAGUUUUUUUUAUUUUUUUUUAUUGCAUAAUUAUAAUUCAGUACAAAAAAGAGAUAAUACAGAACAAUUAACGUGAACAUGUGGGGAUACAGAGAAAAAAAUAAAAAAAUGACUUUUUACAUAAACAUUGUUCUAUAACACGGGAUGUUUCCAAAGCUUUUUUGUUGGAGGAGAUUUUCUGAAGUGAUGACAAUAAUAACUGUGAAUCAAAAGCAAAUAUUUCACAGUUUGGUUUGAAUUACAGGGUAUCUUAAUAUGUGAAUAUGAUAUUUACCCAUCAUAUGUGGCACUAGGGUAAAGAAAAGCUGGACAUGACACUCGUUCAUUCAACAGUUGACAGUCAGUUUGGCUUUUACUUAAAGAUUAAAGAUUCCAGCAUCAAUAUUUGAAUAAUGUUUUACAAUAAAAAAUGUUACAAUAACAGUAAUUUAUUAAUUUGUGUCAGGAGUGCACAUCAAUCAUGCUAAAUCUAACUGAUAUUUAUAUUGACAUAAAAAGAAAACACACACCUAUUCAGUCGCACCUGCUUCCAUUUAUUUACGAUCACAAGAAUGCACAAAACAACAUCAUUACAGUUUUUAAGUCCAAAGGCUUACACAUUUAGAAAUAUAUUGAUAACAUGCCCUAUGUUUGCGUCACUUUUCUGAGCAUUUCUGUUAAUUUUCCUCUAAAUUAUGCGAUGAUUGCAAUCCGAGGAUGUUUGAGCGAUCUCUCCUGUCUACCUACCUUGAUCCUUUCAGCCAGAGCAACAGAGGGAGCUCAUGAGCGGAAAACAGGAGUUAUGAGUUAUAUGAGUUAACCGGAGUGUGUGAAUCUGUGAAAGAUAUGCGUAUACAUUUGUCCGGUAUCAACAAAGGCACAGGGAAGAG